CGUUGUGUUGAGAACAGACUAUGGGAGAUGAGCGACCUGUUGGGGGCUAUUGCAAUACCCAGAGGGGGGAAAUGAUGGUGGCCUGGACUUGAGCGGAAGCAGUAAAGUCAACAGGUUUUGCUGAUGGAUGGAUCUGGAAGGGAAUUCCGUCUACGACUGAAGCAGCAGCAAAUAAAGCACUUCGCUCUCCACCUCUGCUUAGGGAUGAGCCUUUCAAGGAUCCCUCCCAACCAGGGAUCAACUUGGACUCGCCAUACUGUACUCGCCACAGCCUGCCCAACCCUGGCGCGUGCGCAGAAAAGCCCAUUCGCAGGGGGCGGGGUCUGAGUGAGCGGGGCGCCGCCACGCGUUGCUAGGAGACGCGAGGGUCGCGGAAGCCGCGACGGUUGGCCUGUCGCUGCCCAGCCGACGGAUCCCGAGUGGAGAACAGAGAACCGCCGCGCUCUCCUGCCAGCUCCCGGGCGGGGCGCCCCGGCCUCUCCGGGUCAGCUGAGCGAGGAGGACCGCAGGAAGACGGACUCGGGACGAGCAGCCGAGCCGCUGAAGCGCCCGCCCGGCCCCGCCCCGGAAGUCCUGGCCCCGCCCCUUCCGCUCAGAAAUAACUGGUAAAAAGACUUCUGUAGCCAUGGCUAGUUCUGAUGUGAAACCAAAAUCAAUAAGUCGUGCCAAAAAAUGGUCAGAAGAGAUAGAAAAUCUGUACAGAUUUCAACAAGCAGGAUAUCGGGAUGAAAUUGAAUAUAAACAAGUGAAACAAGUUUCUAUGAUAGAUCGGUGGCCAGAGACAGGAUAUGUGAAGAAACUUCAGAGAAGGGACAAUACUUUCUAUUACUACGACAAACAGAGGGAAUGUGACGACAAGGAAGUCCACAAAGUGAAAAUUUAUGCUUACUAGCCUUUCUUCUUUGUAUUAUUUGAUGUCAUCUUUUAAGAAUUCAUUGUUUCAUCCUACAUUAUGUAAAUGUUUGUCAUUCUACAAAAUAAUUCAAAAUGCAAAACUUCAGUUGAAUGUUUGGAAACACAAAAGCCAUCAAACUUAAUCCUGUUCUAUUCUAAAAUAUAACUGCAGAAGCAUUAAAGUGGUAUCCAUCUUA